AUGCAGCUCACGGAAGACGAGGCGACGGAGGUUAAGAAAUGGGUGGUGAAAAAGUUGGAAGACAUAUCGGAUGCUGAUUCCGAUGUGCUUGCGGACUACGUACUUGCGCUUAUCCGGUCAGAUGCUCCCGAUGAUGAGAUCAGGAAGGCGUCGGUGGAAAAUUUGGAGGACUUUUUGAGAGAGCAUACGACGCAAUUUGUCGAUGAGCUGUUCGCCACCUUUGGCCCGAAGCAGCAGGCUCCUCCCGCCGUCUCGCACACUCAGACCCAGCCCCCCCUCACUCAUGAUCUGCCACAGCCCGUGUCCCUCCCCCAGCAGGCGUUCCCGUAUAAUGUGCCCUCCGGUCCUUCUACAGGUGCUUACGGAGCGCCAAUGCGCGGCGCGGCCCCGGUGCACACAGGUCCUGACGGCUCGAUUAUUAACCGGAAGCGUACCUACCACGAGGGCUUCCAGACAGAGCAGGAACGUGAAGAUGUGCCCCACAAUCGGACCUUCAAGACACCUCGUCGAGGGCGCGGAGGCGGCCGCGGCGACUGGAUGGGACGCGAUGGUCGGGCACCCCACGGUGCGCCUGGUCAGUUCCCUCCUACUGGCGCUGGGUUCCCGGUCAUGCCACCAUCAUUCCCGGCGUUCGACCAAAAUGAUCCGAUGGCGGCGAUGAUGGCUCUACAGAGCAUGGGGUUCCCUCAGAUGCCUGGUAUGCCUCCAAUGCCGAUGGCGGCUCAAGGUGGUGCUGGUCAACCCCAGGAGCAAAUGAUGGCCAAGUCAUCUGAGCGGUGCCCGUUCUACGAGACACAAGGCAUCUGCUACCUUGGGGCAGCCUGCCCGUACCAGCAUGAUACAGGUCCCUCGGCAAAGGAAGACGGUAAGCGAUUAGCAUCUCGCUCUGAGUGCAGACUAUUGCUAAUCAGUGAUCCUACAGAAUAUGAUCCUAAAUCAGCUUCCAUUAUGGUGGACUUUCAAAGACGUGACGGAGGCCCGAUGCGCGGCAGUGACCGAGGUCGUGGCCGUGGCCGCGGUGGCGAUCGAGGCGGUUUUGGAGGCCGAGGGCGUCGGUCUGAAUUUUCUGCCGCUGGUCCCAGCGACGAUCCCUCAAUGAAGACGAUUGUUGUGGAACAAAUUCCUGAUGACAAGCUUGACGAGGCAACGGUGCGCGAGUUCUUUGUCCAAUACGGCGAGAUCGCCGAGAUCUCUUUACAACCACACAGGAAACUGGCCUUGAUCACGUACGAUAGCCACGCAGCAGCCAAGCGGGCAUGGUCAAGUCCUAAGGUCAUCUUCGACAAUCGCUUCGUCAAGGUUUAUUGGCAUAAGCCCAAAUCCGAGAGAAACGGUGACCAACGACCCACGGGAGACGCAAUGGACGAAAGCCCCGUCUUCGAUCCUCAAGAAUUCCAAAGACAACAGGAAGAAGCGCAGAAGGCAUACGAAGAAAAAUUGCGGAAGCGAAAGGAGACCGAAGAGGCCAAACAGAAGCUGGAGAAACAGCGAGAAGAACUUCUCAAGAAGCAGCAGGAGGAGAAGGAGCGGCUCUUACGGAAACUUGGCGCCAGCGCUACAAGCAACGGCACGACUCCCGAUGGCGAAGCUCGUCAGUCCCCCGCCGACGAGAACGCAAGCGAGCAGACGAAGCAGCUCCGCGCGCAGCUGGCAGCUCUCGAGGCCGAAGCCAAAACCCUUGGAAUCGACCCCAACGCUUCGGAAGCAGGCGCGACACCGUUUUCCUACCGUGGUCGGGGACGAGGAUAUGCAGGCUACCGGGGAGGGUUCGCUCCACGUGCUCGCGGGUACGCUCCUCCAAUCCGCGGAAGCUUCCGUGGGCGAGGUGCUGCCCGUGGCCGCGGCGGUGUUCUCCGUCUCGACAACCGGCCCAAGAGAAUCGCUGUCUCGGGUGUGGAAUUGAAUACGGAAAAGGAUGAAGCGCUGAGACAGUUCCUCAUUGGCGUCGGCGAGUACGAGUCCAUCGAACCUCACCCUGAACAGCCAAGCACUGUCGUCGUGGCCUUCAAGGAGCGCUACCAAGCCGAGAAAUUUAUGCGCGGGCCGUGGAACAUCCCGUCCGUUGGAGAGGUCCAGCUUAGCUGGGUCCCCAACCCUCCCGUCAGUGCCACUGCGUCUGCUCAGAUCUCGGGCCCUGGCUCGGAUACUAAGCCGACCUCGGACGAAGACACGGUCAUGGAGUCUACGGCGGGCUCGUCGCAACCUGCGGACCAGCUCAAUGCUCGCAAGGAUGGAAACCAUGACGUUGAUUACGAUGUUGCGGAGAUGGAUGACAGCUGGGGUGUGGAGUAG